UUUAGCCAAUCAUAUUCCACUAUAUGCCCGAUACGCCUUGUUGCAAAAUCUUAGCAGUUGAGGAAGAACAUCAUCAGUUGUCAAAUAUGGCAGAGGUUGACCAAGAAAACCCUGCAAAAUCAGAUAGCGCUGAUGAAUCUGAGGAUGAAAGCGAGGUUUUAGAAGAAAGUCCUUGUGGUCGUUGGCAAAAACGACGUGAAGAGGUUGAGCAGCGUGAUGUACCCAGCAUUGACAAUGCAUUCCUGGCAAUGGAUACAGAGGAAGGGGUGGAAGUGGUGUGGAAUGAAGUCCAGUUCUCAGAAAACAGAAAUCUCAAGGCUCAGGAGGAAAAGAUUGGACAAGUAUUUGAUAACCUCAUACAACUUGACCAUCCAAAUAUUGUAAAAUUCCACAAGUACUGGACUGACAAUAAAGAUGGGAAGCCAAGGGUGAUCUUUAUAACAGAGUACAUGUCAUCAGGAUCUUUAAAGCAAUUUCUGAAGAAGACAAAGAAGAACAACAAAACAUUCCAAUUAAAGGCUUGGAAGAGAUGGUGCACACAAAUCCUUUCUGCUUUAAGUUACCUACAUUCCUGUGUACCACCAGUUAUCCAUGGUAACCUAACAUGCGAUACCAUUUUCAUACAGCACAAUGGCCUCAUCAAAAUUGGCUCAGUGGCUCCUGAUGCUAUGCACCAUGUGAAGACCUACAGAAAAGAUAUCCGUAACAUGCAUUGUGUGGCCCCAGAGUACGGAGAAAACUUUGGAACUGCUAUAGACAUUUAUUCCUUUGGAAUGUGUGCUUUAGAGAUUGCUGCUCUAGGAAUCCAAGGUAAUGGAGGUGAUGGUGGUGGUAACCACAUUAGUGAAGAGAGUGUCAAGAGCACGCUGGAGUCUCUGGAUAACAGCCUACAGAGGGACUUCAUUUCCAAGUGUAUACAGAAAGAUGGAGGUUUACGGCCAUCAGCCCGGGAGCUCUUGUUCCACGCAGUGCUAUUUGAAGUCCACUCGCUCCAGCUCCUUGCGGCACAUGUCUUUGUCAACAGUCUUUCUAUUCUCCCUGAAAAUCUGUCAGAUGAAGCAAAUAUAAAGAAGUUGGAGCCAAAUCGAGUGAUAGCAGAAAUCCGACACAGCGACGAGCGAGAGCCACUGUAUUAUAAGUUAUCCCAGUGUCCACCUCUAGAGAUGGAGAAGUUUUUAGAAGAUGUUCGGAAUGGUAUUUACCCAUUGACUGCCUUCACCCUCAAACGUCCUCGACCCUCCCGACCACGUGCCAAAACUCCAGAGGUCACAGAAUCAGAAAAAUUGGAGGACACAGAACGUAUGGAUAUAGAACAGAGACUUGUGAUGAAUAUGAAAUGUGAAAUGAAAAAAGUGGACGAUAGUUCUAAUUUCUUACUGACACUUAUACUGAAAAUGGAUGAUAAAAUAAAUCGCAAAUUACAAGCUGAAGUUACAUCUGACGACAGCUCACAGAUUUUGGCCCAAGAACUUGUGCAAUAUGGUUUCAUAAAUGAGAGUGACCGGGAGAAGAUUGCUGACCUAAUAGCUCCUCACUUCCAGUCCUGCAUGCCUCUCACCAAUGGUACAGGUCCAUCGGAUGGUAUUUUAGCCUCGGCCUGAUUCUACAUGCCUCUCACCAAUGGUACAGGUCCAUCGGAUGGUAUUUUAGCCUCGGCCUGAUUCUACAUGCCUCUCACCAAUGGUACUGGUCCAUCGGAUGGUAUUUUAGCCUCGGCCUGAUUCUACAUGCCUCUCACCAAUGGUACAGGUCCAUCGGAUGGUAUUUUAGCCUCGGCCUGAUUCUACAUGCCUCUGAUACAAGUUUUCACUUUGUUCACAUGCUUACUGUCCAUUGGCUUACUGGCUCAUCAAGAUAAUCCACGAUCAAAUUCUGAUAUCAACACAAAAUAGUGCUGAGACAGUCCCUGGAAUGACCACAUUUUCUCCGUAUACGUAUGAAUACAGUGUGGAGACAUCCCAUCUCUAUGUUGGUGGCAUCCAUGUUCAGAUAAUGUGCAAAAAGGUGAUUGUAACAAAGACUGUGAUAUGAUGUAGGUACUGUAUGAUAUAUGUGUAACAGACCUUUUGUGGAGGAGCAAUCUAUGUGUUUAUGGUGCUGAGAAAACCCAUGUUCAACAUCAACAUCUGUGUUUUUAGAUGAAUUUCAAUGAAGAGGCAUGAAAUGCUACUGAGUGUAUGAGGAAGGUUUGGAGAUAACCCUUGAUACGAUAGAGAAUUUAGUGUUAGGGUGUACAGUGGCUGUUUAUACUGCUACUGAGUGUAUGAGGAAGGUUUGGAGAUAGAGAAUUUAGUGUUAGGUCAGUGGCUGUUUAUACUGCUACUGAGUGUAUGAGGAAGGUUUGGAGAUAGAGAAUUUAGUGUUAGGUCAGUGGCUGUUUAUACUGCUACUGAGUGCCUUUCAAGACUUGAUGUGAUAUUGAUGACCCUUGUUGAUAAGUGCUUUUCUAUAGAUAGAUAAACAAUUUUACCUUCUGCCAAAUGGCAAACCCUUUAUUUAUAAUAGGUUUUCAAGUUGAAACAACUUUAAUUUAAAAAUCUUAUCAAGGAGGCCUGUCGCAUGUUCCAGAGCAAUUAAGGUAAAGUGUCUUGCACAAGGGCACAACCACAAAAGCAACCGACCGGCCAGUUUCUCAGCUUCCUGAGAAAACACAAACAGAUACAGGAAGGGAGAGUCGAACCAGACACCUCGGAUCCUCAGCCUGAGGUUACGUGGCCGUCCCUCUUACCAACCCCCUUAAAUAAGGUACCGUAUAGCGGGAAAUUUUAACGGUCAUAAAAUUUGGCGAUUUGGUCAUGAAAACGAUUUUUAGCGAUUUCCUUAAAUCUAGGGUUUUAAUUUGACGUUGAGCAUAUAUAUUACCUACCGAUAUAUAUAGAUAAUUAUUAAGUGUUUUGUGUAUUAUCGAUCCUCUGCCUCGAAACCGGAAACUAUUACCAAAAAAAUGUAGAUUUGUCAAAUUAGUGUUUAUAUGAGUAUGUGUACAAGCAACAAAGAGAAUUUAAUCAACCGUAAGAUAUCGCCAUGGUCAUCUAUAGUAUGAUGUGUAUACGUACAGGUAAGUUGAACAAUUAGUCUACAAGUAGUAUUAACAUCAGUUCAUUGAAUGGUAUGGGCAGAUGGCUUUGUUUUCACAAAAAUUAAUUAUGAUGCGAUAUAUAUCAUACUUGUGUUGCUAUACAUGUAUCGUGAGUAGUUGUUCACUAGCUAUUCGCAUGUACCUAUCGGCAUUUUGGCCGACAAUUGCCAGGCAACAUCCAACGUUACUACCAGUCGUUACUCUCUUGAGUUAUCAAAGGUAAAUGGCGGCCGGAACGGAAACUAUUGGGUAAAUUGAAAUUUUCGCCUCUUUUUAUUUGGCUGUGUUAAAAUUUGACGGGUUAAAUUUUGGCUAUCUCUAUACGGACCCGCCAAAUCGCCAAAUUAAAGCCCCGCUAAAAUUUCCCGCUAUACAGUAUAUAGUAUCUUUGUACAAAUGUAAUCUAUGCACAAUCUAUUACAAUAGCAGUUUUUUUAGCAAACAAAAGUGCUUAAAUUACACAGGUUUUUAUUUUUUAUUUCUGCAUUGAUUUGUAGACAUACUUGCUAGUGAAGGAACUUCUGGGCCUGACAAUUCAACCUGUCACAUUGGAUGAGAUGACCAACAUCAGAAUUUCUGUGUUGUUGGCUGGAAAUUAAAAGAGGUGACAUGAAAACAAAAAACCGUCAUGAAUGUUGGUUGUUAGUGUGUGAGUGUGUGAUUUUAUGAGUUUGUAGAAAUGUAUGGUAUAUUGAAUUGAAGUACAUGUGUAUUAAUGUUUUAAGUUGUAUAAGCUGUUAAUUGUGAAUAUUUUUUACUUUAAUUGAAAGUUGACUUCUUCAUAUUCCUCAUUAUCUUGAGCUCAAUUUUUGAAGAUCUUAAAAAUGGCCAGUAUUUUUGUCAAUCAUGUUGAAAUUACUUUAUAUAUUGAUAAUUAAAGUGAAUUUUGUCUAAUCUGAACCCUGAGUAGUCUGACCUCCUGUUGACUUCAUUGGUAUCCUAUAAUUAGGUCCUGCAUGGAAAUGUUGUUGAUGGUAAUCACUGUGUCUGUCUGUCCAUCAGAACUUGCCUCUUCAGGAUUAUCUCAUAUUAAUACAGAAGGCCAAAAUUACAUAAAUUCCACAUGGAGAUACACUAUCUUAGGGGUUUUAAAUGUUCCUAAAGUCAAGGUUGCUUUUACUAUGAACCAGGAAUAUACUGUCAAAAAUAUAUCAAAAGGCCCAAGUUUCUGAAAUAUCACAUGAUGAUGCACUGUGUUAUGUAGAUGUACGGUUUAUUAGAUUUACAGUACACGUCGGGUGGUAUGGUCCCCAAUCUCCGCCACAGUGGUGAGGUCUAAUCCCUUCCACUCACUCAGUCGGUUACAUCUCAGUCAAAACACCGGCCGACACCGGCUCAAAGCCUGAGUGGACACCGUGCGAAACGUUGUUGAAGAUCGAUUAACAGGUGCAAAUUGUGAAAAACAGAGGAAUAGCAUAAACGUUAAUGAUUGAUUAAUUAGGUCAUAUUUUUGUAUUUGGCAAACUAAAUUUUACGUACAAGUUCGAAAUAUUUGUUUCCUUAUAAUUAGGUGAAGUGCAAUAAUGGUCUGUGGGGAUGUACAUGUGGGGAUGUACAUGAUAUUGCUAAAUUCAACAGUUUUGAAUUAAAAAGAAUCUAGUUUUAGUUACAUAUUAUAUAAUAUCUUGCUUUCUCAUUAAUGAAAAGUAAAAUAGCCCAUAAGAUUUCAAUUUACCAGUAAGUGAGAUUGUAUACCAGACUUAUAGAAUCUUUUAUUCCGUUAGUGUUUGGGUUUGAGGCUUACCAAGUGUUUCGCAGCUUGUCUCAUUCCUAAGGGGGUGAAUUAUUAUUUUUCUCUUGUCCUGUUUACUCUCUAUGUAUCUGAUAUUGACAUUACUUAAAUGCAAGAUAAUGUUGAUGUGACAUGAUUUAAUUGACGACUUGAGGUCAGUGUAUUGUUACAGUGGCUUCCCGUUAUUGUUACCAGAGGGUAGUGAGUGGUUGGAGUGAGUGGUUUCUAAAUUGGUGAUGUAAAAAUACACAAUUCUGUACAUACAAGUAUUUGACAGAAUAUUUAGUUACCAAUAAAUUAAAUUAUCUUAUUAAAGUAAGCCAUACUUCAUAUGGAUAACAUA